AUGGCCCAGGCGGGCCGUGCAGGUGGCCCCACCCCGGGCGGCGGUGCCCCCUGGCACCUUCGAAAUGUCCUCAGCGACUCCGUGGAGAGCUCGGAUGAUGAAUUCUUUGAUGCAAGAGAGGAGGUGGCCGAGGGGAAGAAUGCCAUCCUCAUCGGGAUGAGCCAGUGGAAUUCGAAUGACCUGGUGGAGCAGAUGGAGACCAUGGGCAAACUGGAGGAGCCUCAAGGAGAAGGGAGCGCGCCCUGCACAUCCAGCAUCCUGCAGGAGAAGCAGAGAGAGCUGUACCGGGUGUCCUUGAGAAGACAGAAGUUCCCGGCCCAAGGAAGCAUUGAGAUCCACGAAGACAGCGAGGAAGUCUUCUCACAGCGCUCCUGCAAGACGCAGGUCCUGCUGCUGGUGCUGCACGGGGGAAACGUCCUGGACACGGGCUCGGGGGACCCCUCUUGCAAGGCGGCCGACAUCCACACGUUCAGCUCCGUGCUGGAGAAGGUCACCCGCGCCCACUUCCCCGCGGCCCUGGGCCACAUCCUCAUCAAGUUUGUCCCCUGUCCUGCCAUCUGCUCCGAGGCCAUCUCGCUGGUCUCCAACCUGAAUCCCUGCAGCCACGAUGAGGGCUGUCUCAGCAACAGCCAGGACCACGUCCCUCUGGCCGUGCUGCCCCUGUUGGCCAUCUCCUCCCCACAGUACCAGGAUGCGGUUGCCACCGUCAUUGAGCAAGCCAACCAGGUCUACGCAGAGUUCCUCAAGUCCCCGGAUGGCAUUGGCUUCAGUGGGCAGGUAUGUCUCAUCGGGGACUGUGUGGGGGGCCUCCUGGCCUUUGACGCCAUCUGCUACAGCGCGGGGCCCUCGGGCGACAGCCCUGGCAGCAGCAGCCGGAAGGGGAGCGUCAGCAGCACCCAGGACACCCCCGGGGUGGAGGAGGAGUGCAGUCUGGCCAGCAGCAAGCGGCUCAGCAAAAGCAGCAUUGACAUCUCCAGCGUGUUGGAGGAUGAGGAGCCCAAGAGGCCGUUGCCACGGAAACAGAGCGAUUCCUCCACCUAUGACUGCGAGGCCAUCACCCAGCAUCAUGCCUUCCUAUCAAGCAUCCACACGAGCAUGCUGAAGGACGAGGCCGAGCCCCGGGCAGUCAGCCUGGGCCGCCUGGACUUCAAUGUGUCUGACUUCUUCCUCUUCGGCUCGCCCCUUGGCCUGGUCCUGGCCAUGCGGAGGACGGUGCUGCCCGCGCUGGACGGACUCCAGGUGCGUCCGGCCUGCAGCCAGGUCUACAGCUUCUUCCACUGCGCAGACCCCUCCGCCUCACGGCUCGAGCCGCUGCUGGAGCCCAAGUUCCACCUGGUGCCGCCCGUCAGCGUGCCCCGCUACCAGAGGUUCCCGCUGGGCGACGGACAGUCCCUCCUCCUCGCGGAUGCCCUGCACACCCACAGCUCCCUCUUCCUGGAGGGCGGCUCCCAGGGAAGCCCCCCAAUGGUGGACGCCCCCUCCUCGCCCCCUCCGGCCCCGAGGUCCCAGCGGCCGGGGCGGAGGAUGAGCCAGGACAGCUCGCACAGCGAGAGCUCUGCAUCCUCGGACAGCCUGGCACCCGUCGGCACCUCCUGCAUCACGGCCAAGUGGUGGGGUGCCAAGCGCAUCGACUACGCCCUGUACUGCCCCGACGUCCUCACCGCCUUUCCUACCGUGGCGCUGCCCCACCUCUUCCACGCCAGCUACUGGGAGUCCACGGACGUGGUGGCCUUCAUCCUGAGACAGGUGAUGCGCUAUGAGAGUGCGGCCGUCAAGGAGAGCGAUGGCUUGGACCCCGCCACCCUGAGCCCCACGAACCCCCGAGAGAAGUGGCUUCGGAAGCGGACCCAGGUCAAGCUGCGGAACGUCACUGCCAACCACCGGGCCAACGAUGUCAUCGCCGCCGAGGACGGCCCCCAGGUCCUGGUGGGGCGGUUCAUGUACGGGCCCCUGGACAUGGUGGCUCUGACAGGAGAGAAGGUGGAUAUCCUGGUGAUGGCAGAGCCGUCCUCGGGCCGCUGGGUGCACCUGGACACGGAGAUCACCAACAGCAGCGGCCGGAUCACGUACAGCGUGCCGAGGCCCCGGCGCCUGGGGGUGGGCGUGUACCCCGUGAAGAUGGUGGUCAGGGGCGACCAGACGUGUGCGACGAGCUACCUCACGGUGCUGCCCCGAGGCAUGGAGUGCGUGGUCUUCAGCAUCGACGGGUCCUUUGCAGCCAGCGUGUCCAUCAUGGGAAGUGACCCCAAGGUCCGGCCGGGGGCAGUGGACGUUGUCCGGCACUGGCAAGACCUGGGCUACAUGAUCCUCUACAUCACGGGGCGGCCGGACAUGCAGAAGCAGCGGGUGGUUUCCUGGCUGUCCCAGCACAACUUCCCGCAGGGCAUGAUCUUCUUCUCCGACGGGCUGGUGCACGACCCACUGCGGCAGAAGGCCAUCUUCCUUCGCAACCUCGUGCAGGAGUGCUUCAUCAAAAUCAGCGCUGCCUACGGCUCCACAAAGGACAUCUCCGUCUACAGCGUGCUGGGCCUGCCGCCCUCCCAGAUCUUCAUCGUGGGCCGGCCCACCAAGAAGUACCAAACCCAGUGCCAGUUCCUGAGCGAGGGCUACGCCGCCCACCUGGCCGCCCUGGAGACCAGCCACCGCGCGCGGCCCAAGAAGAACAACUCGCGGAUGGCGCUGCGCAAGGGCAGCUUCGGCCUCCAGCCCGACUUCCUCCGCAAGCGCAACCACCUGCGCCGCACCCUGUCUGUGCAGCAGCCCGACCCGCCCGCCAACCCCAAGCCCGAGCGCGCCCAGAGCCAGCCCGAGUCCGACAAGGACCACGAGCGGCCGUUGUCCGCGCUCAGCUGGGCGCGCGGGCCCCCCAAGUUCGAGCCGGUGCCCUGA